AUGGCGCUCAACAUACCGGUCAGAUUCUACCGCAAGGUCAACAUACCCGUCGAGCCGCAGGGUGCUCCCGAUGUCGAGGCUCAGCAAGCUGGUGGUGGUAAGCCAAAUGGCGAGUCCGACCAUGCUCAUCAGCAACCAUGGGCCGACCAGGUCAUGUGGGCUCUCACAGGACUCGUCUUCGGCAUCUUCCUCGGUGCAUACCUCGGCCUUCACUUCCCAAGAACAUCGAAGGCUUUCGUCGCAAUGGCGCCUACCUGCCUUCUCUACGGGCUCAGCACCUAUCUCAUCAUCAAGAUUUGCGAGCACCAAGCCCCUAUCGUCGAGCAGGCCUCUGGAAUCGCGAAGCGCAUUCAGCAGCUGCUGCCCGUCAUCCCAUACGCUGUCUGUCUGCUGGCAGUACCUCACGGUGGAGCAUUCUUAUGUGGUACAGCGAUGGCUGUUGCUUGGGUCAUGUGCCUCGACAUCUUGCCGGGUCCUGUCAAGCAGGGAGACUGCUUCAAGCCUUUCAAGACCGCGUUUCGCAUCUGGGCUGCGAUGAUAGUCGUUCUGUUCGUCGGAAAGAAGGCGUCGGCAUGGUAG